AUGUCAGACUCCGCCAUCGCCGCCCUCAACUCCCUCCUUCGCGGGACGAGCAUCGACGACCAUGAGGAAGCUCUGAAGCUCGCCAAUUCCGCCAUCAAAGCCGCCAAGGGCAACCCUGCCGACCUUAGCACUGCCCAGCACACCCGCGUUGUUGCGCUCGUCAAGCUCGACCGAUUCGACGAUGCGCUCCGUGCCAUUGCUGAAGGAGGCGCCGCCCUCGACAAGACCUGCACCGGCGAGCUCGAGGCUGCCGAGCAGUUGCUGGAGAGCACCGGAAUCGACACCCGCGGUAUGAAGCACCUCGCCGCCCAGGUCGCCUACCGUGCCGAGAAGUUUGAUAGAGCUGCCGAGCUAUAUCAGGAGAUGGCCGAGAACCAUGAGGAUGCUAUGUACGGCGAGGAGAACGACUUACGAAUCAACAUCUUGGCGACCUACUCGCAACUUGAAAUGCAGGGCAAGGGUUGGGCUGUGUCAGAGGAGCACAAGAAGCUCAGUAGGGAUGAACUUGAGGUCUUCGAGACGGCAUACAACGCUGCUUGCGGUAGCAUAGCCCAGGGCGACUUCGCCAAGGCUGCUUUCCUGUUCAAGCGUGCCCGGGAUUUGUGCGAGGCUUCAGAUGAUUUGAGCGAGGAGGACAAGAAGUCAGAGCUAGCACCCAUCAUCGUACAACAAGCCUACGUUGCUACGAAGCUGGGUAAUCUGGAAGAGGCUGCGAGGCUCCACGAGGAAGUUGUCCUCUCUGAUAUCUCGGACGCAUCAACCAAGGCAAUUGCCCAAAGCAAUGCACUUAUCCUCAAGUCUGAGAGCAACCCAUACAUGGCCCAAAGACUCGCCGACACCCUCUUAGUGGUAACCGGAAACGACCGUUUGUUCGAGGAGCAGGCCACCAUUUUCCGCCGCAACAAGUACGUCAUCGAGCUUCAAGCGCAGAAGUUUGCGGGCGUCAAGAGCAAGACCGCCAAGAUCUUGUCCAACGAGGCCGAGCCGACCAUCUCGUCUAGCAAGUGCGAUCUAGGCGCCCUCAACGCUGCAGCUGCUUCCGAGCUCCAAACCGGCAAGGAAGCUCUCCGCCGGAUCCUCCCUCUGCUAGAGACCCGGCCCACCGACGUCGGCCUCCUCCUGACCGUCGUCCAACUCUACAUCCAACUCCAAAACCCUGCUCAGGCGCUCAACGUCCUCGAAGCCUUCUUCAAGCGCCUCGAGACCGCAACAACAUCCGACAACAAGGUCGACGUGCGCUUUGCCCCCGGCCUCGUCGCCCUCGCUGUUGCGCUCUACCGCCUACAAGGCCGCCACUCCGCCGUCCGGUCCGAACUCGCCAAGGCCGCCGCGCACUGGCAAUCCAAGCAAAAAGCCGCCAGCAGCGGCGACUCACUUCUGCGCGAAGCCGGCAUCGAGCUUCUCCGCUCCACGCACCCCUCGGACCUGGCUGCAGCAGGCGAGGCCUUCACACACCUAGUAGCCGCGCAGCCCGACGACCGCACCGCGACGGCCGGACUGAUCGCCAGCUUUGCCACCAGCGACUUCGCCAAGGUCGAGCCCUACCUUGGCACCUUGUCCCCCGUCGAGAAGCUCACAGCAGGCGUGGACGUCUCUGCCCUUCUCGACGCCGGAGUGGCCGCCCUCCCCGUCGUUGCCCCCCAACAAUCCCAACAAGGCAAGAAGCGCGCCCGCGAGGACGACGACCAGACUACUGGCGAGCAGCAGCAACAAAAACAACAACAACAACAGGCCGCGAAAAAACAGCGCAGAAAGAGGAAACUGCCCAAGAACUACGACCCCGCCAAGCAGCCCGACCCGGAAAGGUGGCUGCCGCUGCGCGACCGCAGCAGCUACAGGCCCAAGGGCCGCAAGGGCAAGAAGCGGGCGCAGGAGGCGACGCAGGGCGGGUAUGUCAAGGGCGACGAGGAGACGCUGGAGCUCGCUGGCGGUGCUGGGUCGGUUAAGGUGGAGAAGGCGAACCCGGCUGGUAGUGGUGGAGGAGGAGGUGGUGGCGGAGCGAAGAAGAAGAAGAAGGGGAAGAAAUGA